AUGGAGCAAUGCCCAGAAAGCCUGGGGUCAGGUAGGAGAUCGAGAUCUGAACAGCAGUGGAACCGAAGCUCGCCCCAGUCAGCCUUCGACCCGGGGAAAGGCUCGGAUCGAGCAGGAGCUCGAUUCGCAAGAGGUCGCCAAAGCCCUGGCUGGGGGGCAAAGUGCGAUCGACCUUCUGCCUCUGGCGCUGAUGGCUAUGCUGGAGGAAGACCGGAAGCGAAGCCGCCGGGCAAUUGCGGCGACAAGCUGGAUGCAAGCAGCCUCCUUGGUGGCUCUUCUUCCGACGAUUCGGAAGGAGACCGGAAGACGCAAAAUCGUGGCUUGCGCGCUGUGAGCACGCUGCAUCGCCUACACGACCGCAUCCAGAAGAAUCCCCGCAAGAUCUACCUGACUUACGAGAAGGAGAUUCGAGAGGAGCUGGGCAUUGCUUCUUUUGUCGAGGAGGUGCAAGGCGAUGACCAAGCUCUGUUUUGGUGGUCCAAGGCUUUCGUAAACACGUUUGUAGCCGGCGGCAACUUCGUGGUGCUUGGGUGCCCGAGUUUGGGGAGUUCAGCAUUGGAGCCGCGAUUUUUUCACAGAGUGGAUGUGCAGCAGUAUUCUGAGAAGUUGCUCGGCGAGGUGGUCGAAUUCGCAUCGGUUGAGUUAAUUUUUGGGUCCCUCACGUGUUCAAGCAAAAGGUCUGUCUUGGAGGAGAUGCUGCAACUCAACUUUGCAAGCUACGGAGUGGGUCAGGUUCCUGCUCCUGCUGGCGCUCUCCCUGUGGCUGCCGAUCGGGUGGCCGUGCCGGAGACGGCUGGGUGGACCCGCUGGACUGGCUACCUGCGAGCCAGGCGGCAGUGGUUAGAGCACGAAGCCGACCUGGCCCGGAAGCUUCUUCGCACAGGCGUGGCCCAACUGGUUUGUGAGCGUGAUCUGCCGCGGCCCGAGAACAACACAAUGCCACAUCUGGGAUGGGAAGCGCUGCCCUCAGGGACUUGUUUCGUCAGGAUGUUGCUGGAGCCGAAUGAGUUUCUGCGGGGUUCGGGGGAAGACCUUAAGAAUUUCUACUACGUGUUGAAGUUACCUGCGCAAUGGGUCCGAUACAAUCCAGUGGGCCGUCGUGUUAGCAAGGAGGUCGUGCGGGAAUUCGGUGGCGACGUGAGUCAAGAUCACCGGCUAUGUUUCAGAGUCCUGGGGAUGGGCGAUAAGAACGCCUGCUCCAUCGCGCCGGCGACGCACGAGAGCAUCCUGCAGCACCACGGCUUGUUGAAGGCUGAGCACAAGCUUGUGUAUGGUUGCCCAGUACCUACCGAUCCACUGUGGGAAGGUGUCUAUCUAGACGACCUGCUCAUCACCUUGAAGGAUGCUGGCCUGGUGCACGCCAAGAAGGCCGAGGCUGCCUACGUGGAGGCGAAGUUGCCCAGAGCCUUGCAAAAGUCGUUUCGUGCAAGGCGGGAGUUCUUUUGCCUUUUGCACCACUUCUAUGUCUUCGUGUCCAAGAUGGUGCCUGGGAGGACCGUGCGGCUUCCCGGGUACAUCGCUGAUGAGCUGCGUGCCGUGGCGUUUCACUUAUGUUUGGCUACAUGGAGCAUGCGGUCACACUUGGCUUCGUCACUCUUGGCCACCCAUGCGACGCCAUCCUCAGGUGGGGCCGUUCGUGCAGAAGUGGCACCAUUGGCCGCAGAGUUGUGGCGCCGCUCUGAGAUCAGGGGAGCCCCGGUACGAUUGGACCCCGACACGGAUCACCUGCUUAAGGCGCCGCUGUCCGUCAGCUUCGAGCGUUACCAGGGCCGGGCCAGAAGCUGA